CGUCUUGCUUCUCUCUCUCUUUUUCUUCGUUCUCUUUUACUCCUCUGCGGUUGACCAUAUGGAAAAAGAAGGGGUCUAUCUUCUGCAAGAUGGGCGACAGGCAAACCGAGCAGGAGGAGAAAUGAAGCAGCGGGAGACCAAUGGCGUCAUCAACGGUCGAAGGCGCGGGCCAAGCGGAGCCUUUUGCUAUGUUGUACCCCGAAAUGGAUGCUGCGGAUGAGAGAAGCUUUGUUCCCUAUGCAUAGAUAUGUCUCUUCCUGGAAGAGGCAAAGACGGCGUGCGAGGGGCUGACGUGGAUCUUUGUGGGAAGCAAGAAUCCUAGCUGUGUGGCGGGUGGGUGAUGGGUCAUGACCAGAUUCAUAGACGAGGGAGACACGGUGGUCGCGACCCAUACCGUUGACGAGGACGGGGUCUAUCACGCGGCGCUCAUGUACGGAUGGCGGGCUGAGGCAUUCCUUGUGGACGGGGAUGGAGCCGACAGGGUCAAGAAAUGCGUGCAAGGCGCUUUCCAAUACAGCUGGAGACCGCAUAGUAUUCCUCUCAUCGGAGGGAGGGCAAGUCCGCCAGGUCAAACAUGGCACUCUACCGCUCUGUCUUCCCGAGGACACGACCCCUUUGGCUGUAUCCCACAUGAUGAAGUCACCGCAUGGUGCAUUCGGGAGAUUGUCGAAGAUGAGGGGGCACCUUACACCCUCUGUGCCAACAGCGGCACGGAGUGCUUGCAGGGAGAACACCAGCACCGACGCUCCCCUUCGGGGCGUGGAGUAAGGCCAGCUGCUCUGCUAUGUUUGUGCUUUUGUGGACAGGCAGCCUCGUUGCUCGCACGGCUAUAUUCUGGGGCUUCUGCUUUGAUACGAUCGACAAUUUUCGUUGUUUUUGUGUUGAACUGUUGAUUUGUAUUAUCUAUGUUGCGCGGUCCAUAGGAGGCAGAUUUUUUGUCUCCGGUUGAAUCUGGUGCUGAUGCCGUUGCACAUACUACCCACCGCAGUGCGUGGAAGGUUAAUUCGUUUUUAUCUGAUAUUUUGCUUCGAACUGUCAUUUUUUGUGUUUGUCCGACCCUCUGGGGUACCGAACUCCACACGACUAGCCCUGAAGGCAGCACUACCCCCAGGUUAUUGCAUUUUUGCUGUGGGAACACAACAAACCCAACACUGAGCACACCGACCCACCGUUCAAUCAACCAACGCGGGGUAUCUGCAAGUGGUACUCGAGUGCAAACAAUCCAUGAUGGUGCCCAUGCGCGCAAGAAUGAAAAUGCGCGUAGAAAAAUCAAGUCGCAGCCCUAAAAAGAAUAGCCGAAAAUGCUACAAGCUUACACUGUCUCUUGAUUGAAAGUUCUUUCUACCGCCUGUGCGGCGGUGGUCGUGGAGACAAUCUUCAAUUGCCCUUGCCACGUGUUGCUCUGUAAGUAAUGCAUCUUCAAUUGCCCUUGCCAACAUCGUGCUCUCAAGUAAACGCAAGCCUAAGAAAAAAAAAGUACCAUCGGUUGCACCCAAACGCUUGCUGUGGGCCACGAGAUCAAUUCGUCAACACCCGCCCGCUUUGGCACACAAUUCUGACUAUGUUUGACCUUUCGAGGCAGCUUUCAAGUAAAUAUCGCCCAGUUCAUCUCCAUCAUGUGUGCAUGGGCCGUCAAGCGAACUUAUUGUGUUUUGCCCAAGAUGACCUAUUGUCGGCGUUCCCGGUCUGCUUGAAACCAAAGUCUGGCUUGUCACGUGCCUUGACCCACAUAUCUUGUCGCCCUGUCUCAGAGCUUUGCGAUGUACCUGACCAAGGGGGGUCUCUUCUUCUCAGC